AUGGGAAAUUGUACAACUGAAAACUUAUAAUAAUAUGAGAAUGUAGAAUUUACAGAAGGUGAUACAUAUGAGGGAGAAAUGGAGAAUGGAUUUGCAGAGGGUUGGGGCAUAUACACUAGAAAGAAUGGAGAUUAAUAUAUUGGUUGGGUAAUAAUCAAUUAUUUUAAGAAAAGUGGCAUAAUGGAUUUUAACAUGGAAUUGGUAAGGAGAUAUUUGCAGAUAAAACAGAGUAUGAAGGAACAUUUGUAGAAGGAAAGAAACAUGGUAAAGGAAAAAUAACAUUUCCUAAUGGAUCAUCAUAUGAAGGACAUUUUUAGAAGGAUAGUUUUUCAGGAGAAGGAGUAUACAUAUAUCCAAAUGGAAUGAAAUUAAUUGGUACAAUAAUAUAAUAAUUAAGUUUGGUAAGUGGAUUAAUAAUAGAAAAGAAGGCAGUGCAUAGAUUGUAUUUGAGAAUGGAAAUAUAUUUGAAUGUGUAAAACUAUUAUAAAUUAAAAGUAAUACAAAAAUG